GAUUUUUAUCAUGGAAUCUUGACUGAGGCCUUCCAUUGUCAGACAUAUGAUGCAUGAUGCAUGAUGCAUGAUUAUCAUGUUGCUUUUUGCAUGCUCAAAAAAAGCGCGAUAUUAUUUAAUAAUAACUUCGAAAUUAUAUGCUUCACGGCAUAAAAGUCAGAAUGUUUUGGCUUGAGUCCGUUGGUAUUGGCACUGAAAUGCUGCUAGGAUACUCGAUAUUCGGUUAAAUUCAUGACUAAUUGCACCUUACCUUUUUCGGACUUAUGUCUUCUAUUUUGAGAUAAUCGUGCCCCAAUUGAUAAAUGCGGUUGUCUGAAACGUGGACGGGAUAACGUCGCAUCUUGGACAAUUCGGUUCGAUUCGCUUGCGAUGUCGGGAGUGCCGUUUAAAGUGACCCGCGCGAUAUCUCGUGCGUCGCGACGCGUGUGACUGCCAUGAAGGAUCACUGAGAGGAGGAGGUCUAGGAGGCAUCGGGCAACAACAGAGCAACCGAAGAGGUAAACUUUGUGCGCGUAAUCAGUGCUACGAAAUGUAUUCGUUCCGUAAUUUAACAAAAUGCGCGUCGGGAGUGUCGUUCAAAGUGCUGCGCGUUUAUCGUAUUCAAGUACGCACGCGAGCAAUGCGUGUGUGCGCGACGCGUGUGAGUGUGUGAGUGCCUUGGAGGAUCAUUGAAAGGAGAAGAAAGGCGUAGGAAGCAUUGGACAGCAGCAGAGCAACAGUAUGAGAGGAGAGAUGGACAUUAUCGCUGCGCAUUUAUCAUAAGGUGGUGACGAACAGACUCGUGGGAACGGCGCAGAUCUUUCCUGCAAACUUCGCCAAGCGAUGCCGAGCAAAGGGAUUUUUUCCAUCUCGCAAUCUCCAGAAGUAAUUCCGGUCGAUGCUUCUCUCCAAGUCGUUCACAUUCACGAACCCGGUGAAGCAUGAAAGUGGCGACGUUCCUGAGCUCCACGAGACCCGGAAGACAACGCGCGAUUUAUUUACAUGCAGCGAACGUAAGUGCUCCACUCGUGGCACGUGAAAGACACAAGUAAAUUACCGGCUCGACUUGGGGUGCUCUAAUCAGUUUUUCGAGGAGCGGGAAGCCAGUUUUUCGAUAGUGAAUACGACGACCGCUCGACAGUGCAUUAAAACGAUGGCGGAAAUUCGUUGUGGACGAAGAGAUAAAAUAAGGGAAAAGCUGCAGUGAAACAUUCAGUGAGCGCGAACCGGCGGACGUGCAUCGGGCUUACUUAUUACGGAAAUCCGGUUUGCUGGAAUGAAGCUUUGAAGUUUCUAUCGCCCGUCGACGAACCGUGCUUCAUCUUCUUCCGUUGCUAUUCGUUUUUUGCGCCCGGAGCUGAAGAAAGGAUGGAAAAGCGGAAAACUGAGUGGCUUCGCAUUCAGACGCCGGGACGAUCAUGCCAUGGAAAAAUGACGGAAGUGUCCGCGCCACAUACGAUCGAGCGUUCCUUUGCUGUCAGAAAAUUCUCCCAGGAUAUCAUACAGUCGAGCGAUUUCGACCACGCGUCGUAAUAAGAAAUCGACAGUGACGAAAAUCAAAGUGACAUCCGCCGAAUGACGCCGGCGAAUUCGCACGGCGAGCGAGGAAGCGCGGAAUCCGUCCCUUAGAUUAUAUUCCGCGCGAGACCUUAGUCAUGCAGUCGUUGCGAUUGAGUCUACGAGAUCUAAGGACGCCUGUACGAAGAAAAUCCUAUCACAAAGUUCUAUUACUUCUAAGGGUCUUUGUUAUCGCGACGUAUGAUAAUUCGUGAUCGUUCCACGCGCAAUCGCAGCGAAGGGAUUAACGUGAAUGCAUGAUGGAUGGAUUGAUGGUCGGCCUGAAAACUAUUAAUAGACUGUGAAACAUUUUGGCAUGUCACGCGCAUGGCGCAGUGUCGGGUCAUCGCGGAAAGUUGAUUUUUCGACUGUUGACUGCACCGCGAAGUGAAUGCCGCGCAGGCGGCAAAUGCUUGCAUACGGCGACGUAUUCAGCGACGAACGUGAAGCUGACACGACCCGGUGACUCCGUAGAUUGGAAAAAGAGAGGAUGGAGAAGGACAACGUCAGACAUUAUAGAGCUUACGAGGGCUUCAAGCCGGCAAACAACGGUAACACCUCGUCUCUGAAGAGAUCCACGUCAGGGCGCUCGAAGACGCAUUCGUCUCGUCAAGUGAGAUGCCUGUGCUUCGGCGGUGUGCCGGACAAGGCCAGCCAGCACUCCUUCUUGAAGGGAUUCAUUAUAAACCUAGGGAUAUGCGCUCUUCUCGUGGCCUACACUCUGUUGGGCAGCUUCAUCUUCCUGGCCAUCGAGGGCGGGGCCGAAGUUGGUCUGCAGCAAAGGACACUUCCCACGACGAUAGCUGGAAGUCAGCAUCCUAGAAGAAACACCACCGCUUUCCUGAAACAACUUAAUCGCGAGGCCCGGGCGAAGACCGUGGAGAACAUAUGGAUAAUCACAGAGCAGUUGAACAUUCUCUACCGUGACAACUGGACGAGGUUAGCUGAUCAGGAGAUCGCGCGGUUUCAGGACCAACUUGUGAAAAGGAUCACGGAGGACAUGAUGGCGACCCAGAAUGCCGGGACGUAUACCGGUAGUUCUACCAGUGAAACCGUAACGGAACGCCGUGUGCCGGAGUACGAAUGGAACUUCGCAAAGGCGUUCCUCUAUUCUCUGACAGUGCUCACCACCAUCGGAUGUGGAAGUAUCGCACCGAAAUCCACCUGGGGCAAAAUCGCCACUAUGGGUUACGCCAGCCUUGGGAUACCCUUGACCUUGGUUUACUUGUCCAGCGCGGGAGGACUCUUAUCGAGAUGCGCCAGAGGUGUCUUCACGCGGGCUCUUUGCUGCUGCCUUUGUUCGAACUGCGGCUACUGUUGUUACGACGAGAGGCGAAUGCAGGAGAAAGAGCGGCGAAUGAGAAAAAAGCGGCAGCAGGAGGAGCUCGCUCAGCAGCAGCAGCAGCAGCUCCAAUUGCAGGAGCCUUUUUACGUUCGCGCGAACGCAUCGACAUUUACGAGCACCGUGGAAAUUAAGGCCAGCCCGAAGGACGAAGUGUCGAGCCUCGGCUCGGGCGACAGACCCAACGUUACUAUACUCGCGCCAAUCAGUAUUUGCCUCGGCGCGAUGCUGUGCUACAUCAUCGCCGGAGCAUUCACUCUGCACAAAUUGGACGGCUGGUCAUUCGUUGACGCGAGCUACUUCUGCUUCAUGAGCCUGAGCACCAUCGGCUUCGGCGAUAUGGUGCCCGGUUCUUACCCUCGCCACACCCCCGCCGACUCGAGAAACGUGACGGUCUGGUUUUGCUCCUGCUACAUAAUGUCAGGAAUGGCCCUGACGGCGAUGUGCUUCAACAUCAUCCACGACGAGAUCGUCCACCGGCUGAGUCACCAACCGGACAAGCCGGAACCGGUGAAGCCGAGCUCGUCCAUUGACGAGCUAUCGACGGACCCAAACGGCACCGACGAGAACAAUAUAUGUGGCACAGAACCACCCACCAAUAUAUUCGCGCACGAGAACGAGAUCAACAUUCUGAAGGACACCUUCAAUCAAGUGGAUGUCACUAGAGAUUGCAAGCCGAUCCUGAAGCUCGAGGAUCACGUGUCGCCGAUCUCUGCCGUCUAUAUGCUGCCCAAGGUCGACGAAGAGGCCGAGGAAAAUACGGAAAUGUGAAACCACGGCGUAUUUCCCGAGAUUGACAGUCCAGCGGGUGGAGUCGAUCAAUUGGAGAUCAACCGACAGCAUUUUUACGGAUCGUAAGCAGAUGGAAUAGGUAUAUGUAACAUGUUGUAUAUGCUAAACGGUGUUGCCAGAUCGCGACAAUGAAAAGGCGUUUUUGUUGAAUUUAUCAUUAAUGUUGAGUUAUAAUUAAAAUACGAUUAAUGAACGCGAAAAAUAACGAUGCUUUGUGUGUUUUUUUAGUUAGAAAUGUAAAGAAUACGAUUUUUGGUAGUUUUUCAGGUAGAAAAUCAUUUUCAUCCAACUUUAUUAAAAUUAUUUAGCUUAAAUUUAAUUAUUUUUUGUGAAGUAAUUUUUUUAUGGAUUACUUUACAUAUCUAGAUUCAAUAAUUAAUGAUGGAAUCAUCAACACGCCUUUAUUAAUAAUGAUGCCAAUGAGCAUAAAUGAACGUAUACAAUACGCUAUCUAGGACACACUCGAAAAAUUCCAAAAUGAUAAAUGCUUGAACCACGGACGCAAGUAGGACAUCCUCUUUGAAAUCGACACAAUAAGAUAAUCUCAUUUUCGCUUACACGCGAUAACCAUACUUUAAAGUCAUAUUUACAUUGUCGACACAAUUACAUUUUAAUAGAAUUUUAAUUAUUUAUUUUGAUUACCGGAAUAUUUAUUAAAGAAUAAAUAAUUAUCCCCGACAGUUGUUUGCGUCGUUAACAUGCACAUAAAUAUUAUAUAUUCAUUAUAUGCACAUAACAUUAUACAUUUAUAAUAGCAAAAUACACAUUAUAUUAUUCAUAAUAGCUAAAAUUGACAUGAAAAUGAAAGUUCUUAAGUUUAUGUUUUUUUUUCUCUAAAAGUUUACAUCGCGAAAUUUAUAUCACGGUUGUAAGUAGAACAAAAUAAAAAUAGAACGUACAGCCAUUAAUACUUUCUUUGUGUAAGAGUGAUUGCGUUUAACUGAAAAGUAGUACUUUCAUAAUUAUAUCAUGUUUGAUACUGUAAUAGUGUUAUUGUAAGUGCUAAGUAAGAUGGCACUGGGAUAGACAAAGUGUCUCUCAAAUGUCGUAGGAAUUUCUUGAACUUCCGGCAGACGUUGCCAGACUAAUCUGGAAGUGUUCUUAAUAAAUGUUCGCUGGAUAUUACUACAUACGUAUGAAGUUACCGCUUUUACAUAAAAACAAGAUGUCGCGUGCCCAAAGGAUGCAAAUACCGUUGCCAAAAUGCUAUUUUAUGUUGAUUAAAUUCACGAAUUACAUAUUUAAUUAUGAUGCCUAGUUUCCGAAAAACUGAUCCGUUGUCCAAACUUUCCGCUCGUAAAUACAUCAUCUCGUGUAGUUUGAAAUAAUUCGGAUUAAUUAAAGAAAUCACGAAAAGAAUAAAAUCCUAGGAACUGAAGCCAUGAGUAAUUCUUCAUUAUGACUUGGGCGUCCGCACACCGGCAUUAACGACAGGAAAUUACGUUUACGUCGUCGAUAAAAUGAGUAGAGCAAAUGACCGGCAUAAAAUAAUUUCCCAAGAGGCAAUGGUGCAUUUCAUUCGUGGCUGGUAUGCUGUUCGUGCACGGAAAUGUUGAAACUCUCUUUUAUUUCCCUAUCUUCUUUAUUCGUGUCACGUACCGGUGCUGCUUCCUAAGAAAGCCCUGAAGUCGAUUGAAAAAUUUAUAUUUCUUCGAUAUAAAUAAUGCUUUUAAGAAAAAAAACGGUAAUUUGAAAGAAUUAAUAGUUCUGAAACAUGGAGCAAAGUACUGAAACAAAAUUGUGUAAUUAAUUCUACGUUAAUAUAAGUAACAUGUAUGCAUCACUGAAUACCAAGAGCAUACGUACUGAAAAUUUGCCAAAUUUUCCCUGAAAGAUCGAUGUAAUUGUUACGGCCGCAUCUUUAUCAUUCCUUUUCAUGAUCCACUUUAGUGAAAAUCUGAUUCAUAAUAAAACAGUGUCCGGCAGUGGUCUUCAGGGCGAAUAUUAACAUAUCUUUGAAUAAUAGUACCAUAAUUCCGCAAUAAAUCACGCACAAGGGAACUUUUACGGAAUUUCUGUUGAAAUUAAUUUCCGAUAAUGCCGGAUCUGUGCUUGACAUCAAUUCCUUGGCAAGCGGGCGAAAUCAAUCUAGAUGUUCCCGCGGAUUCAAGUAAGUAUGGCCUCACCCGCUUAAUAUUCAAUGAGAUUUCGAGGACGUCCUGCCUUGCGGACGGAUACCAACUUAAUGUUUCUACGCCUACUUAGAUAGGGACUUGUAAGGAUUUUUUAUAUUUCCGUACUUAAAUAAACGCGUUCUUGACUGUAAUAUAAUUAAGCUGUCGAUUCUUGCGUUCAGCUCAGGAUAGAUCGAAAGAUAUUUCGAUUACUCGCGCGCGUAUUCGUUUUAUCGAUCAAUCUGUCAUUUUUCUUCGCGAACCCAACUGUAAUUUCAAUCACACUGCCACCUGCGAAGAUAGUAAUCCAAUUAUCGUUGAACGAAGAUCACCGUUUCCCAAACGGCGUUAAGUUAUUAUCUAAAGUGAAGUAAACAAUUAUUGACACGCGAAAAGAAUCUACGAAAUAUUUUGUUGUAAUUUUUAUUCGGUGAAUCAAGAAACAAUCACUUGUUCAACGAUAAUUGCAGCAAAUCUUGUAAUAUUGUAAUAAUAAUGAUUAGUGACGUGUUAUUUGUUAUACUACCAUCAGCUGGACGCUAGAAUCAAAUGAAUGAAAUCAAAUUCUGUGCUCAAGAACAAUAAUUAAGAUAUUUAUGGAUAGGCAUUAAUCCCUAAGAAUGUUGCGUUUAGAAUGACUAUCCCCGUUCUUUCAUAUUGAUACUUGAAUAGUCUACGAUGAGAAAUGCAUAAACAAAGCAUAACUGUGAAUUAGCUAUAAAUGAUUAUUUCUGCUGUGUAGGGGCAAUUUUUGUGGCUAUUAAUAUUAUAAGCGUGCUAUACUUAUGUUGCCGUGUUAAAUAUUCUUUACAUAUCUUUACGGAUGAGUGAUAUAUGAGUUGAUCCAAUAUCGAAAUAAAAUUUAGAAAAUAAAAUGUAUGUUAAAUUUAAUUCGUAUGUUCUUACGUAGGAUCAAUUUUCUUUGGCAAUAUGAAGGAAAAAUUGCGCCAAUAUCGGCGUAAAGCCUGCCCCGCCGAGGAACAAAAAUGAUCCUUUAGCGAUUUAAAAUAAAGUGCCCCUCUUCUGUUUCUUGUAACAUAUCAUACGGUGUAAGGGAUUUUGUCGGCCGUCUCUUCACUCACAAGCGGUCGUGCAUACAUCAUCCGAAUAUUAAAAACGCCGGGCGAAUCGCUGAAAAGGCUGUAAGGCCCAACCGUGCAGGCGGGAGAAUUUCGUACGGUGUCUAAUGACAAUCGAUACUGGCUUGAGCAGUUGCUAGAGUUAUCGUUAUCACUCCGUUGGUGAUUCGAUGGAGGGUCGUGGCCGGCAGCCAAGACAAACUUUACUUUGGUGCUCGUACCAGGCCAUCCAGCCAUCGAUCCAACCUGCCCGCCCGUACAAACUUCCUCACCCUCGAGUUCGAACCGGAGCGGGCGCUUGCUCCAAGCUGGCGCUACGGCGAUUUGUUGCGAGAAUCUAUUUACAACUUUCCAUACGUCCCCGCGUACGCGAGGAAUCGUGCAAUAACCGCCGGCGUGUCGCGAUUGCAAAUGCCGAGGAGAGUGCUUAAAAGUUGGCUGUCGCAUUUUUAAGUUAAAGAUAGGGUAGCGCGCAGGAGAAUACGAAAGAGAUCGCGCGCGUUCGAUACUCUGCAUAUUAUUUUCAAAGUUUUAUUAAUCGAUGCUCUUGUAUGGUACUUUUAAAAGAUUUCUCUUUGGCCUGGGUGUUAUUUCAGAUCGCUUUUAAUUCUUUCAACAAAGUUUUCUCUCGAGAUAAUAGACCCAUUUACGAAGUGAACUUGUGAAGCGAAUUAAAGUUUGAUGUAACUUUUCACUGCGGAUAUUGAAUUCGUUAAGUAUAAGUGAAUUUGGUUACAUCAAGGAAAUAAAUCAUAUCGUAUCAUCAGCUUGCUGUUGCAGAUGACAAAAUUUUUAAAAUUAAGGAAGAUCUACAUUCAAUUUUCUAUCUUUUACAAUUUUUUAAUUAAUAUUAAUUAACGUAACAAUUGUCAAUUUUACAGUUUUAUAUUGUAUGGUAUUCCAUAUAUACUGUUUUCGAGAAUUUUUUAAUUACAUUUUUAUAAGAAAAGGACCAAAAAUGUACAUUCUUCAACUUUCUUAUUAAUUGUGUUCUGUUAUUUUUUAAUGCGCGACGGAAAUAUAUUAGCUCGCAAGUGUGAGUGAAAGUGUUAUGUUUUUGGAUUAGCAUCAUUACUAUGUUAAAAUAUAUCAUGGUUUUUUUCACAUCAAUAUAUAAGGCCGUCAAUAUAUAAGCCUAGGACGCCGUCCCAGUGCGGUGAAAGUCCAGACCGACUUCUCUCCUUUCACAGGAUUUUCUUUCCAACGUACUUCCUCAUCUUUCGCCCUUACGUUCCGGUUUCCUCUGUCGUACUCCGGGGAAAUAUAACCGAGUUCAAAGCUCUCGACGGUCGACACGAAACUUUAGCGCGACAAUUUUGCACGAGAAAUAUCCAAUGAAAGUCAAACGCCACGGGAUUCAGUCUCAUCACUGCGUUUCGGCUUUGGAAAAAAAAAAGAGAAAGAAAAGGACGGCAAAGCCAGCCCGACCUUCCAGCAGCCGAUUUAAUGGAAUUAAUAGUUUUUUGCUGCCGCCUUGCGUAUUUAUUCCACGCUCGAAUCAACUUGCGAAUCGAGUUAUCGAAAACUUCAGAAAGUCGAAUCUGUGUCUCUUAAUAGGCAAUUGCGCUUUUACCGAGGGCAAUUAAUGUUCUUGCUACUACCAGCUGCUAUCAUUUCAAAGAACUUGAGCGGAGUUUGCUAAAUCAAAGCAAACUCACUUUACACGAAGUUAAUAAUAUUUGAAUGCUUGCUUUUUAUUUAUCGAUCUUCAUCUUGUGUCAUCAAGUUUUCGUCGUAGCUCAGACGUCUCUAGUAAAAGAUUAUUUACUAAUAGUUUGAUCGAAAUAAAACAAUUAUUUGUAUACUUUGAUUUAAAGCAAACAUUAAGUAGAUAAAUGUUUGCUGUCCGGAUGAGGAAUCAUUGUCGUUACUGCUGAAGCGAAUGUCGAAGAGAAAUUGCAGUGGUGGAAAUCUCGGAAGGAAUGUCUCAGAAGAGAAUUCUCAUUUAUAAAUACCUAAGUUGCAACAAUAUCUUGACGUCAAUUUCGUAAUUAACGAAUUAACGAGAUUUGCUUCUGCCGUCCUUCUAUAUCGCAAGUCUUAUACGAAAUUGUGCCGUGCAUCGUUAUUGUAAUAUUUUAGCACAGAUAUCGAUGUUAAAUGCGAUUAUUAAUCCAUAUUUCUCACAUACUUUCCUAUCUCAUAAAAAUAAAUCGAUAAUUAUUUUACGUAAAUUACUGUCAAGAUAAAGUAAAAUAUAAAGUGAAUUUCCUUUGUUUUUUAUUUGUUUAAUUGCACCAUUAUUUUAUAAGGUACGCACAAGUAAACAUUGUUGUAAGUAUCUUUAAUUCGUCGAUUUGAAGUUACCCAAUCGCACUCAAUUCCGAUGGUCAUUUCGACGGAGAGAUUGAACCAGGCUUUCGUUCAUAAAGCAAAUAUAUCGAUACAAAUAUCGACGAUAUUAAUGAGAUAUUACUUGUACAUAGCAUUAACACACUAACUGUAUGAUAACAUUAUAAUUAGUAUUUACUGUUAGAAUGUCAAGUCCAAUUACUAGAGUCGUAUUCAUUAUUAAAUAUGGCUCGAUCGCUUUCACUGAGAAGAGGCUCACGAUUGUAAAUACGAUAUUGUCCUAGAAUAUAAUAGAUGUGAAUGUGGAAAGUCCUGUUAGAUCUUGUUAUUGAGCAACAACAAUGUAACUUGAGCAAUUUUCUAUAAUUGUAAUAUUGUUUGACAUCGCUCGCUUUUAAUUUCGCCAGUGUUGAAAGAAUUAAAUAUUAUAAUAGAUAAAGGAAUAUUUACGAAUUUAAUAAGCGUUGAUUCAGUUAUUGCAUGACAGAAAUGUUGUUUUAUAGUUAACACUUAGAGAAUAUUUUUAUUCUUGUUGUUUUAUGUUAAAGAUAUAUGUAAUAAAAAACUUUAUAUAAGACAUAUUUUUAUUUUUAAUGAAGAGAGCAUCAGGGAAGGAAGAAGCGUAAUUAAGUUUGUCUAAAUAUAUGAUAUAAUAAAUAAUUGUAUUAUUUUUUUAGAGAAUUAAUAAUGAUAUAUAAUUACAAAGCACUUUAAAUGAAUGAAUAGUUUUAUAAUUUUUAAAUUACAUUGUUAUAUUUUGGAAGAGAGAAAUAUAAGACGUUUACUAAGUAACGAAGCGACAGUAAUCAUUCCCAUGCUCUGCUCAUGAACCAUCUCACAUAAUUCUUCGCUCAAGCGGAAAAAGUCUUAAUAAAUGUCUGAUUCUUUAAACUUUGCGCGCAUCGUCGAUCAAAACAAAGUUUUCUAUACGCUUAUAGCGACCUGCUGUGUCCGCGAAUUAAUCAUAGUUAAAGUUUUCCGAGGUUCGUUUAUGAACUCAUUUUUUCCGACGAUCAUGCGUUUCUACAAGAUACACAAGCAUCCGGAAUGAAAUUUAAAAUUUCCAUCUUGACGCUUUAUGACGCUAUAAAUAACGCACAAUUUUUACCGAGUUACGGAAUUUUUUUAAAAGAACCAAUUCUUUUUAAGAAAUAUCUGAGAUACAGCAAAUUAAGAUGCCAGAUAUACAAUAUAGGCGCAUGCACGGCGGACAUACUAUCCUCUCGGAUUAAUGUUGUAUACCGAGACUAAAGUCUUAUUAAUAUUCUGUAAAUAAUUGUGUGGACGAACAAAGUGCAGAGUGUUGGCCGACGAAAUUGUAAAAUACAAAGCGAACGAUUUGCUGGGUAUUGUACGUCUGUAUAAUCAUUUGUCAAGCAAUGUAUCCUAUUAUAGGAGAUAAUAAAAAAG